AGCAUAACAAUCAAUUGGGGAUCGAACUAAGAUCGACUCGUUUCGAUUCGAUUCAAUUCAAUUCGACUGAAGGAAUGUAUUUUCGCAAUUUUCACUACGUUCGGUGACAGUCGUGAAUCUUCUUUUGCAUCGAACGGACGUCUUACGUCCUAAAAAAAACUCGAUCGAACCGUUGCGGGCUAUAUAUAUUGAUUUAGAAUAUCAUACAUAUACGACUCGGACGGAUAACAAAUUUUCGGUUUUCAUUAACGAUCAUUAAUCCUUCCAAAACCGAAAGAGGCCGUACGAAAACAACGAACCGAAAUGGGAGAAACGGAGAACGGAGAUAUAGAACCGAGGGCUUCGGCUGAACCGGAGGCGUCAGCAGCCCAGGAUACCCUGCAGGUGCCGACGCAAAAGAAGCGCAAGCUUAAGUCCCCCACUCCUGGAAGCCUUCGCGGACGCAGUGCCACGCCCAUUCAUGGCCGCAGUCAAACUCCGUUCACCCUGUACAUGGUGCGACGAAGUGCCACGCCCUCGACGUGGCGCAGCAUUACUCCCUUCCUGAAACGCGAGGAAAAGGAGAAGACUCCCUUCGAACUUGGCAGGGACAUCAAGAGCCAGACAACCUGCAAUAUCGCCGUCUUUGAUCGCGCCCUUGUCAUGGAUAUUUCCGAGCCGGUCGAUGUGCAAAAGCCCGUGCGUUACAUAACGUCCGAUUUGUCGGUGAUCGAUCGAGCUGCCGUAAUGGAUGUGUCCAACGUUGAGGUUAUCUACGUUGUGGAGGAAUACGAGGAGGUCGAGGAGGAGGAGAUCAUCGAGGAGGUCAAGCCCAAGAAGAAGGAGAAGAAGGCCAGAAAGCCGCGUGUCCAGCGCAAGUCCAUUGACAAGGACAUGAGUCCUUUGGCCGGUGAGGAUGGCGAGGAUCUGGGUGAUUAUGGCGGCGAGGAUCGGGAGGACAGUGUCGAUUUCGACGACGAUGAGCCCGUGAAGAAGGGCAAAAAGAAGGCUCCUCCCAAGAAGAAGGAGAAGAAAGAGAAGUCGCCCAGUCCGAAAUUGACCUUGAAACUGGAGAUCGGCGGUGGUCAAAAAGCCAGCAAGAAGAUGUUCGAGCAACAGCAGGCCAAGCCGCCGCCCAAGAAGAGCAAGAUGGUGCUCCAGAUGGAAGAGCAGGCGAAGGCAGCGGCCAAGGCCGCCGAGGAAGCAGCUGCUCGGGCCAAACCCAAGGGUGAGACCUUCGAGGAGCGCCAGAAGCGUCUCGCAGCGGAGAAGGAGGAGCAGGAUCGUCUGGACGCGGAGCAGCGGGCCCUGGAAGAAGCCGAGGCCGAGGAGGACGAAGAGGAUCCUUCAGCCGUCGGCGAAGAGGGUGAUGAGGCCACUGAGGCUGGUUACGGCGACGAGGAUCAGGAUCAGGACUAUGCCGCCGAAGAGGGCGAUGAACGUGAGGCCGAAGAGGAAGAAGAUGAGGUAGCCGAGCCCGUGAAGAAGGAGAAACGUCGUGGCAGUGACUCCUCCGACGAAUUCGUUCGCCCCGAUCCCCACGAGGAGGAGAAAUGGCAACGCAUCGCCGCCAUCGAGGGCGAGGAGUUCAUGCAGCAAAUGCGCAAAUACAGCCAGGCCAAGAGGAUUAGCGAGAAAGAGCGUGAUGCCGACUGGCAACGUCGCCGGGAACAGGCCCGUAAUCCCAAGUUCAUCAACUUCCUCUCCGAUCGAGCCGUCGAAGCUGGUCAGAGCGUCCGUUUGGCCUGCGCCGUAGAUGGCCCCGAACUAUCUGCCAAGUGGUAUCACAAUCGAAGGCAGCUGGAACGCGAUGGCUGCCAUCGCAUCAUCAACAACAACAACAUCCUGGUGCUGGAAGUCCUAAACACCACCAUUCUGGAUUCCGGCGAGUACUCGUGCGUGAUCUCGAACCAGAACGACGAGACAUCGUCGUCGUGUAUUGUGACCGUCUAUGAGAUUUUCAAGGACGAACCCAAACCCCCUUCCAUUCAGUAUAUCAAAGAGUACUACCAUCUGCGCGACGAUGAGCUGACCAUCGAGUGCCAUGUCCACGGAGUACCGCGUCCGGUGAUCACCUGGUGGCGCGGUGCCUUCCAGGUGAAGCCCAGCUACAAGUUCACCAUGCUGGAGGAGGCGCACGGCGUGUGCAAGCUGCUCAUCUACAAGCCCGGUAACAAGGACAGUGGGAUCUACACCCUGAAGGCGAUUAACUCUAGUGGAGAGGUCCAAAUCAACCACACUGUCGAGGUGGCCCGGAAUCUGCACUACCACGUCCCUGGAAUCUUCCAUGCCCGCGACAAGAUUCAGCUAGACAGCUUGAAGCAGGCUAAAAAGGCCAUGGAAGCGGCCCUCAAGUCGAAGGCUGACUCCGAUCAGAGAAGGGCUGAGGCGGAGGAGGAGCAGGCGCGUUUGCAUCCGGUAAGGGCCACUCCGGAGAAGCUGGUGCCCGCCAAGCAGAAGCUGGCAUUUGCCACUCAACUGCGCGAUCGCAUGGCACUCGAGGGAUCGACCAUCAAGUUUGUGGCCACUGUGAUUGGACCCGACCCCAACACCCGCUGGAUGAAGGACGACAAGUGGGUCGUGGUGGGCGGCAACAUCAAGAACCUGUCCGAGGAGGGCAAGGCCAUUCUCGAGAUCAGCAACGUCACAGCCGCCGAUUCGGGCGUCUACAAGUGCGUGGCCAAAAACGAUCUCAGCGAGAUCGAAACCUCCUGCUACUUCAAAGUGUAUGCUGCCCAGGCGGAUGGCGACGAGUCGGAGCCCAUUUUCGCCCUACCCCUAAGAGAUGUGUAUCACGCCUCGCAGAACGAUCUGAUUCUCGAUACGAAGGUACGCGGCAACCCCCGCCCCGAAAUCUCGUGGACCAAGGACCAGAUACCCGUGGUGCUCGACGAUCGGGUGGUGCAGAUCGAGCACUUGGACGGCAUUUGCGAGCUGAUCAUCAACAAGCCGACGAUCAAUGACAACGGCAUCUACGUGUGCACAGCCAAGAGCAAGCUGGGCAGUCAGUCGACCACCCACACGGUCGUUGUCGACACCACCCACACAUCGCGCCGUUCGAGCAUCCUGUCCGCCAUUGCCAUGCAGGAAGGAGGAGGUGAGCCCGCCGAGGGUGGCAAGGCCAAGGGCAAGAAAAAGAAGAAGGACGCUGAGGAAGAGGGAGCCGCUGCCGGUGGAGAAGGUGGCUACGAGCGACGUAGCCGGAUGCCCGAUCCUUCGCCCAAGCAGAUGCUUUACUUUACGGUCAAUCUGUCCAAUCGGUACGUGGCCGAGGGAUCCAAGGUCAAGUUGCAGGCCGUCAUUGGAGGGCCGCAGCCCAUGAUCAAGUGGCUGAAGGACGACCAGCCGGUCACGUACGGCAACAACAUUCGCAACAUGAACCGGGACAGCCUGGCAGUGCUGGAGUUUACCAAUGCCCAGGCGGAGGACUCGGGCACCUACUCCAUCAUAGCACAGAACGAGCAUUGCAAGAUCACCACCUCGGGCUUGCUGCAUGUCUACCAGCCGAAGGUCAACACGGAUGUACAGCCCGUCUUUAUUCGCUCUUUGAAAGAAACCUACCACCUGAACACCAACGAGCUAAUCCUGGAGACGGCCGUAAGGGGACAGCCCACGCCCGAGGUCCAGUGGUUCAAGGACAGCAUCGAAAUCCAGAGCGGCGGUCGUUACCAGCUCAUCGAGCACCAGGACGGCACCUGUGAGCUCAUCAUCGAUCGGCCGGACAACAAGGACUCCGGCAAGUAUGUGCUCAAGGCCGAAAGUCGCGCCGGCAAAAUGGAGAUCUCCCACUAUGUGCUCUUUGAGGGUCAGGCCCAUCACAUUGCGGACAACAUCCAUGGCGUGUUCCAUGCGGACAAGAGUCUGCUGCGUCCCAAGGAGGUGGAGAAACCGGUGGAAAAGAAGCCGGCGGCACCAGCCGCUGCUGCCGAACCGGAAUCGGAGGCUGAGGACGGCAAGGGAAAGAGACGUGGUCGCAAGGAGGAGGAUGAAGGAGCAUCCUCAGCCUACGCAUCCGACUAUGCCUCUGAUUCGGGCAGUUUGUCCAGCAAGCGUCGCGAGAAGAACAUUGCGAUUCACUUCAGCACCUCGAUGCGAGAUCGUGUUGUGGCCGAGGGGUCGAAGGUGAAGAUUUCGUGCUUCCUGGAGGCCAAGGAGCCACAGGUCAAGUGGUUCAAGGACGGCGAGCAGAUCCAGAACUCGCCCAAGAUCAGAGGACGGUACAGUGAGGGCUUGUGUCUUUUGGAGAUCAUGAGUGCCACCGCGGAGGACAAUGGCGAGUACAAGUGCUGGGGUCGCGACGAAACUGGAGAGGCUUCCACCUCAUGCAAACUGGAAGUGUACGAGGAUCCGGGCACCGGUGAUGUGCCACCCACCUUCACCCGAAAUAUUAAAGACACAAUGCACGGCAAGAUCAACGAACUGCAGCUGGACGUCCAUGUGCGUGGUCUGCCAACUCCGUCGGUGACGUGGGUGAAGGAUGGCGUCAAGGUCGAGAAUAGCGAGAAGUAUCAGCAGGUAGACCACGACGAUGGCACCUGUGAGCUGUUCAUCAGUCAUCCGAAGGCCUCGGACAGCGGCAAGUACGUGUGCCAGGCAGAGAAUCGCGAGGGCAAGACGGAGAUCGUCCACAUGAUCACUGUGGAACCACGAGUAAGAGCUCCACGCAUCUCGCCGCCCAGGGAGGGUAGACCACCACGUCCGGCGGGAGAUGAAGAGGCUCCAGCUGGUGAAGAAGGCGCCGAAGGAGAAGGCGGCGAGAAGCGUCGCAGGAAGCCAAAGCCGGAUAAUGAAGAGGAGCAAACCACUUCCAGACGCGAGGUGCCACCACCACCGGAUCUAAGGAAGCGCCUGUACUUCAGGAACUUCCUCUCCAACCGAACUGUGAAGUCGGGCAGCAAUGUCAAGUGGAUGGUGAACAUUGAUGGACCGGAGCCAACGGCCAAGUGGUUCUUCGGUGAUCAACCAAUCGCCUUCGGACCAAAGAGCAAAAUGUCAAUGCAAGAUGGCAUCGCCUGGUUGAAUCUCGUUGGUGUUACCGAGGAGGAGGCCGGCGAGUACACUUUGCGAGUCAGGGGUAGUGAAAACGAAAUUGUGAGCACUUGCAACUUGUUUGUGUACAGCACGGGCAAGCCAGAGGUUAUCUCGCCCACCUUUGUAGUGGGCAUCAAAGACACAUAUUCUCUUAACGAGAAUGAGUUGGUUCUGGAUUGCCGCGUACGAGGCCAGCCGCGUCCUGAGAUUCAGUGGAUCAAGGGCACCGAGCCCAUCGAAAACGGCGAGAAGUACAAGCUGAGCGACCAGGCCGAUGGCUACGCUAAGCUGGUCAUCCUGAAUCCCACGGAGAAAGAUUCGGGCGUCUACUGGUGUGUGGCCCGCAACGAGGGAGCCGAGAACAAGAUCUCCCACCAGGUGGACUUCAAGGGUCGCCAGCACUACUCGCUGCAGAAGACGCAUGGCUUCUUCCACCGUGACCCCAACAAGCCGCACUUCCUGCUGCCCCUGGGUAACCAGACCGUUUGCAAUGGAGGCACCGUGGCCAUCUCGGCCGAGUUCAUGCAGACCAGCACACCCAUCGAGGUCAAGUGGUACCGCGAUCGCCGGGUGGUGGACGGACCCAAUGUCAAGGCCUUGUCCGAUCGCGGCGUCUACACGCUGACCAUAAUGAAUGCCGGUCCCGAGGUCGAGGGCACCUACACCUGCCGGGCCUCCAAUGCCUUUGGACGCAUUGAGUCCCAUGCCAACAUCGAUGUGGCCGUGGGAGCUGAGAAGGACGAACGUCCUCCGUUGUUCCUGUCCCGCCCAGACACCGAAAUGAAGAUCGCCGUGGGUGAUCCGUUCUCACUGUCCUUCCGUAUUGCCGGCGAACCGAAACCAAAGCUCACCUUUAUGAAGGGCACGAAGGACAUCACCCAGUCGGAUCGGGUCAGCAAAGAGGUGUCCGACGACUACACAAGAUUCUCAGUACAGCAGGCCCAGAUCUCCGACUCUGGCACUUACUUCGUGGUGGCCCGCAACAACUUUGGCACUGACAGGAUAUUCGUCACUGUGACGGUAAACCCGCGAGCUCGCUCCGCCACGCCAACACAAUCACGCUGGGGCCUUCCCCUGGACAGUUACAGCGAUACUUCGUACUUCAGAGAUCCACCGGGUUGCAUUUCCACCGAGCCACUGGUCGUCGAUUCCGGACCCACCCACAUCUCUUUGUCGUGGGGCAAGCCCGUCAGUGCAAACUCGGCUCCGGUGAUGGCUUACAAAGUUGAGGCCUGGGUUGUGGGUCACGAGGGCGGUGCAUACUGGCGUGAGCUGGGUCUUACGCCCAUAAACUCCUUCGACGCCUUCAACCUGAAGCCCAACUUGGAGUACCACUUCCGGGUGACGCCCAAGAACCGCUACGGCUGGGGUCCCACCGUCCAGACCAGUUCGCCCCUCCAAGUGGGCGGCGUUGAGUGCCUGCCCGAGUUCGUCAAGAUCCUGCCGGGCCAGGCCAAGGCUUUGCUGGGCUCCUCCUUCACCCUGCAGUGCAAUAUGCGCGGAGCUCCACGGCCGCAGGUCACAUGGUUCAAGGACGGCAUCCAAUUGAGCAGCAGUUCGGAGCGCGUCAAGAUUAGGCAGAUUGGAUCCACCUGCGCACUCACCAUCGCCACUGUGAGCGAACUGGACUCGGGUCGUUAUACCUGCGAAGCCACCAACUCCAAGGGCAGAGUCUCCACAUUCGCCCGCCUCCAGGUUGUCUCCGAUUCGAGGAUCUAUGAGGCGGACUCGCGGCUAAAGGAGAUCGCCCACGGACGCAAUGUGGCCGAUGUGGGUGACUCGCUGCCCAUCUUCACCAUGCGCCUCAGGGACCGUCGCGUUCAGGUCACCUAUCCAGUGCGCCUCACCUGCCAGAUUGUGGGCUAUCCCGUGCCGGACAUCCUGUGGUACAAGGACGAUCAGCUCAUCCACACUGGUAGGAAGCAUUUGAUCAGCUCCGAUGGACAGUUCUUCACGCUGGAAAUCGCAGCCACCACUUUGGAGGAUAGUGGCACCUACACCUGCCUGGCCAAGAACGAACUGGGCUCCGUUUCCUGUCACUGCACCCUGGUGGUCGACAAGGGCAUCCGGGCCUACAUCUCACCAGACUUCUAUGUGCCACUGGAUCCCUUCUACAUAUUCCGCGAGGGCUCCGAAAUCCGUCUGUCCACCAAGGUAGAGGCGUAUCCAUCCGUGGGAGUCACCUGGCAUCGCAACGGGAUGCGCCUGCGUCCAAGUCGACGUCUGACCGCCACCCUGGACUCGAAUGGAUUUGUGGAGCUCAUCAUUGCCGAGGCCACGGUCCGCGAUGCCGGCAUUUAUGUGUGUGUCGCCUCCAAUGUCGUGGGCAAAGUGGAGACCAUCUGCCGGGUGGCCAUAGAGGAGGAGGACAACAAGACGGUGGCUUCACAACGAUCCCUGGAAAUACCAAGCAUCAAGACUGACGACCUGCCUUAUUCCAAGGAGCCCCUGUUUGUGGUCAAGCCGCGAUCCAGCGAAGCCUACGAGGGCGACAACGUCAUCAUAUUCUGCGAGGUGGUUGGCGAUCCCAAGCCCGAAGUGGUUUGGCUGCGCGAUUUUCUGAAUCCGGAGUACUACAAGGACGCGCCCCACUUCCGCCGCAUUGGAGACGGACCCGAGUACCGAUUGGAGAUACCCAGCGCCAAGUUGGACUUCACCGGCACCUACUCCGUGAUAGCCAGCAAUUGCCAUGGCGAAGCCAAGGCUGUAAUAUCGCUACAAAUCUUCGCCAAAGAUAUACUCAACAAUAGCCGCAUGGAUAAAGUGCACACGCGACAUGGCAACAUCGAGACCCUUCCCCGAUUCGUUCGCAACUUGCGAAACCUGCGCUGUUGCGAUGGGGAUGCGAUAUCGCUCGAGUGCCAUGUGGAGGCCGAUCCGGAGCCAUUUAUCAUUUGGGAGAAGGAUGGGCAUGUGGUGCCCAGCGAUCGCGACUACGUGAUGUCGUUCGACGGAACGAAAGCGACGCUUAGUAUUCCUCGCGUUUAUCCGGAGGAUGAGGGCGAGUACACAUGCGUGGCCAAAAACUCGGUGGGCCGGAGUCUCUCCUCCGCGUGCAUCAUUGUGGACGUGCCCGAGGAGAAGGAGAACAUGCUGAGUCGCCAGCUGACGCGUCCCAGUGGCCUGCUCUCCGCCCACUCCACGCCCCGUUCCACGCCGAGAUCGACACCUGCGAGGAGCUUCUCCCCGCUCCGCAUGUCCUAUCGCACUAGCAGCAUCGAUCUGAGCGGCGUGGCGGAGCGGAGGCGCAGUGACGCCCGCAACGCCAUCACGGCGCCCAAGUUCCUCGCCAUUCCCUACAAUCGCGUCGUCGAGGAGGGCGACAGUGUGCGCUUCCAGUGCGCCAUUUCCGGCCAUCCCACGCCCUGGGCCACCUGGGACAAGGAUGGCUUCGUGGUCACGCCCACGCCGCGCAUUGCCGUCAAGGAGAUCGACGACCUGCGCAUCAUCGAGAUCGAUGAGGUCUCCUUCGACGAUGCCGGUCUAUACCGCGUCACCCUGGAGAACGAUUUCGGGCGGAUCGAGGCCACCGCCCGCCUGGACGUCAUCCGCAGCUCCCGCUACUCCAAGUCGCCCUCGGUGCGCAGUGUGCGCGCCUCCUCCUCCCGCCGAAAUGCCCACCUCUACAGGCGCAUCAUGGGUCCAUCCACAGCAAUUGGCGGACGCAUGGCUCUGGCCAGUGGCUAUCGUGGCUCCUCGGUGCCCUCGGUGAGAUUCUACCACAACAACGUGGAACUAGAGGAAUCGGAGCGAGUGCACUUCCUGCUGCAGGAGGAGGACUCGAUGGCCCUGCUGAUCGUGGACAAUGUGACGCGAGAGGACGAGGGCCUGUACACCUGCAUCAUAAGCGGCGACCACGAUCCCCUGAUCAGCUCCACCACAGUCACCUUCCACGAACCCAAUACCGAUGUUCUGAGAAGUAGAGCCAUCAUCACGGAACCCCUGCCUGAGAUUACCAGGGCGCUGGAGGGCGAGGUGAUCGAUCUGUGCUGCGAAAUCCAUUGCGACGAGCCCUACAGCUACAUAUGGCUGAGAAACGGCGAAAUUCUACCAGACAGCGAUGAGUUCAAUUACAUUGAUCAUGGCAAUGGACGACUGGGCCUGCGAAUCAACGACGCCUUCGACAUUGACUCGGGCACUUACAGCUGCCAGGUGUUUACCAGCGACAUCAAUGACAUCUCAUCCGUAUCCAAGUCCAUCUUCAACUCCAUUUCAAUCUCCAGCGGAUGUGAUUGCAGCAGCAGCGGGGAGCUGUGCGUUUUGGAGCGCGACCUAAGGCAGCAGGACGAUGAGUGUGUCCAGUUGCUAAAGACUCCUCUUCCCGUCGUCUGUGGAUCCGGCGAGGAAGCCCUGUUCUACGCCCGUGUUUUCCCCUGCGAAGCAGAAGCCGAAUGGUACCUCAAUGGGCAACUAUUGGCCCAGGCGAAUGACUCACUUAACAUGACGUUGGAGUCAUAUCCAGAGAACGGCAUUCGGCUGCUGCGCAUGCGUGACGUCACCGCUUCGAGGAGUGGAGAGAUCUGUCUGCAGGUGAAGCAUCCCCAGGCGGAAUCGAGGCGCAUUCCCGCCACCCGCACCUACACCAGCCUCCUCGUCCUGCCCGCCAUCAAGGGAAACAGCUCCUGUUCCUCGCUGGCGGCCAGAAGCUGCAUAUUGACACGCCCCGAGGACUGCACCGCCCUAAUCGGUGGCCAUGUUCGGCUGAGCGUCCGCUACGAGCCAUUCCCGGGCACCAAAGUCGUCUGGUACAAGGCGUGUCAUCCCAUUGUUGAAAGCUCCAAUGUGACAAUCCGGACUACGGGCCAACAGUCUACGCUCUACAUCACGGACAUCUCGGCGGACGACAGUGGCAAGUACACGGUGGAGGUGAUGAACGACUACGGCGUGGAGGCCUCUGCCGCCUCGGUGGCAGUGGAGGGUCCUCCGGAGCCACCCAGUGGCCAACCCAGUGUAUCCCUGGGCCCAGAUCGCGUGGCAGUGGCCUGGUGUGGUCCACCCUACGAUGGUGGUUGUAUGAUCACAGGAUUUAUCAUUGAGAUGCAAACGAUUGGAGAAGAAAACGAAACGUGGACACAGGUGACCCGAGUGGUGGACACCUUAGCUUACACCGUCAAGAAUCUCCAGCCACAGAUGCAGUACCGAUUCAGGGUGCGCGCUGAGAACAUCCACGGACGCAGUGCACCCGGUCAGGCCAGCGAACUGGUGCAGAUCACCAGCAAGCCAGCGAGGAGCAGCACAUCGGAUGCCACCGACCACUUCGGGCAGUCGGUGAGCGUCCAGUCCGGCGGGGACUUCAAGUCGCGAUUCGAGAUCAUCGAGGAGCUGGGCAAGGGGCGCUUUGGCACCGUCUUCAAGGUGCAGGAGCGCGGCCAGCCGGAGCAACUGCUGGCCGCCAAGGUGAUCAAGUGCAUCAAGUCCCAGGAUCGACAGAAGGUGCUCGAGGAGAUCUCGAUCAUGCGCUCGCUGCAGCAUCCCAAGCUGCUCCAGCUGGCCGCCUCCUUCGAAAGUCCCAGGGAGAUUGUCAUGGUGAUGGAGUACAUUACUGGCGGUGAACUAUUCGAACGUGUGGUGGCCGACGACUUCACCCUGACCGAGAUGGACUGCAUCCUGUUCCUGCGACAGGUGUGCGAUGGUGUGGCCUACAUGCAUAGUCAGAGCGUGGUCCAUCUGGACCUAAAGCCUGAGAACAUCAUGUGCCAUACCCGCACCAGCCACCAGAUCAAGAUCAUUGACUUUGGCCUAGCUCAACGACUGGACACGAAGGCACCCGUCCGCGUGCUCUUUGGAACCCCUGAGUUUAUACCACCAGAGAUCAUCAGCUACGAGCCCAUAGGUUUCAAGUCGGACAUGUGGAGCGUGGGCGUCAUUUGCUAUGUGCUGCUCUCGGGUCUUUCGCCUUUCAUGGGCGAUACCGAUGUGGAAACCUUCUCGAAUAUUACAAGGGCGGAUUACGACUAUGAUGAUGAAGCCUUUGACUGCGUUUCCCAGGAGGCCAAGGACUUCAUUUCCCAGCUGCUGGUUCAUCGCAAGGAGGAGCGUCUGACCGCCCAGCAGUGCCUGGAGUCCAAGUGGCUGUGUCAGCGCCCCGACGACAAUCUCAGCAACAACAAGAUCUGCACGGACAAACUGAAGAAGUUCAUUAUUCGACGCAAGUGGCAGAAAACUGGCAAUGCCAUUCGAGCUCUUGGUCGCAUGACCAGUUUGUCGGUGUCGCGAAGGAACUCCGCCAUUGCCAUGGGAGCACUGAGUAGUCCCAGGCCCUCGAUUUCGGGACUGGGCAUGCUGACCGCCAGCGCCAUGGGCAGUGGCUUGAUGACCUCCCAGAUGACCUCGCUGCACGAGGAGGAGGAUGACUUCAGUGUGGAGAUGCCGCCGCUGGUGGAGAAGCGUUCGGUUCUUAAGCUCCGCGAUAAAUCGCAGUGCAGUGAACGCAGUGAUUCGGGUUACAGCGAGUGCUCCAAUUGCAGUGGAGCCCAGGAGACGCUGCUCCUCUCGCUGGCCAAGUCCAAGCUGGAGGCCAUAGCCAGGGCCGGCACUGCUCCCACAGUGGCUCAGGAUGCAGAUCAACCUGCCAGUCUGGAACUGCCCACCACGGGAACUGCCAUCAUGCGAUCCGACUUCACCAACACCGUCAAGAUGCGCAAAAAGUCACUGGAGGACAGCGCUGCGCGGGAGAAACCCAAGUCCAAGCCCCAAGUCAAGCCUCUGUGUGAGUCCAAGCUGAAGGUGUCCCAGCUGAAGGAUAGGUUCCAGGCUAACCCUGCUCCUGUUCCUGCUUCUGCUACUGCAUCCGCUGCUAACAAACCUCCGCUUCCAUUUGAGCCCUUCAAAAUAGCCAAGGUGGCGAGUGUGGGACGCAUCAGUAGAACAGAGGAGCCGAGAAAAACCGAAAGAGGCAUCGUCACUGGCAUCUCAAUUGGAUCCUUCAAAGGCAAGCCUCCUCAGGCACGAUCCAUGCCCAGUUCCCCGCUGCCCCAGCGAUCCGCCACGCCGACGAGGCUGAUGAGCCACCGGGUGCGGGAGGCGACGGAGCGUCUUGCCCAACAUCACACUUUGGCCAGUGCUCAGCGGCAGUUUGGAAAUGGCAGCAAUGCCAACAGUAAUGGCAGUGGUAACAACAACUUUGGCAAUGGCAGCACAAUGGCAAUGGCGGAGACAAAUCGCGAUUCACGCGCACGACGUCUCAUCAACCGAUUCAACAACGAAACGCAGCAUAUCACGUCCUAGAUUAAGUCGGUCAUGCGACCGAUCAACAUAACUUUAUUACAGAUUUAGCAGAGAUAUAGCAUUGUUUAAGCAGAAACCCCAGAGAAACUCUACGAACACUCGAAUAUGAAGCGAAUGCUAAGCGACUGCGUAUCAGAACGCACCCACCCAGCAUCCCACAUACCGCACACACCCACUCACAGUAGGAUAUGUCUGCAUCCGGAUUCGGAUUCGGGUACGGAUUCGGAAUCGGAAUCGGAUACGGAUGCACUCCCUCCAGUCAGAGGGACUGUACUUAGGCUAGAGGAAGCUAAGUGUUUAAAUUAUUGUAUCGAUUUAUAUACAUAUUUACCAUACUAAUUAAAGUUAAUGUGUAACGAAAA